GACAAGCGGUAUAGAAAAUGGAUGGAUGGAUGGAUGGAUGGCUAUUGACCAGAAUAGAAGACAACUUAUUAUAAGACGACGGUUGUCUUUCAGACUAAAUCGAAGGCACAAUUCAUUUUUUUUUUUAAAUCAUGUUUUCAAUAUCAGUGAAAAAACUGGUAGAUUGAAAAAAUAUUUCUUAGCUGCUUCAAUAAAUUGGCAUCACAACUUCUUGUUUGCUACUGUAACUUGCAACCCCCUGAGACACUUUUCUCAAGCAACCGCAUCUCUCCAAGUCCCUGGCGUGUGUGAGUGACAGGAAGAAAAGCACCGAGUCUCUUGGGGAGAAGUUGUUCGGCCCUACCAGCUGGUUUGCAUAUCUACUGUCAAUCUUGAGAUGCUAAAUAUAAGACGACCUGUCUUUUUCAGACUUCUGUCUUCGGGGAAAAAAAUUCUGUCUUAUAUUGAGGGCAACACAGUAUAUUGACCUUGAACCUUUAUUGAAGAGUAUAGUAUAGUGAGUUCGUAUUCGAUAACACACACACACACACACACACACACACACACAUGCACGCACACAGAAAGGCUAAAUUAAAUAGAUUGCUUUCCUGUGUAUCUCCAUGUCUGAUUGGCUGCCCUCCCUCACUGUGAGGCAGUGACAAUCAUAUAUUAUAUGAGUCACAGCUGGAGUAUGCUGCCAUUCCUUUAUAUUCAUAGCCCAUAUGUACAACAACACCAACAACACAGGCUUCCAGGAAAACUCUCUCUUCUCUUCUGCUACGAAAUCCCCCCCUUCCCCUUCCCUCAUUCCAUUCUCUUCCCCUUUACCCUUCCCCAGUAGCCGUCUCCCCAUCCCUCUCCUCCUCCACCUCCUCCUUCGCUGCGGGUGUCUGGGAGGCUGUUUUUCCUCUGUCUCUCGCUCAUGAAGGGCCGCACUAAGCUCCCUUCUCUCUGCCCAUGUGUGAAGUACAGGUACCAGGAUGAGGAGACGCCCCCCUUGGAGCACAGUCCAGCACAUCUGGCUCCAGGGAAAAGUGCCGAAAUGCUUCACAUGAGCGACAAGAACCUCGCUGCCAUGGAGGCCAUACAUGGCUACACACCACACACGCAUAUCUCGCCAGUCAAGCCAGUGUUGAUGUCUACAGGACACACUCCAAUGUACACCUCCGCUGUUUCCACACUGGGAAAUAGUCCUCCUGUGGUGGUGAACACUGACACACUGGAUGGAUCGCCAUAUGUGAAUGGAACAGAAGGGGAAAUCGAAUAUGAAGAGAUCACACUGGAGAGAGGGAACUCAGGCCUGGGCUUCAGCAUAGCAGGGGGAACAGACAAUCCCCACGUGGGCGAUGACCCGAGCAUCUUUAUCACCAAAAUCAUACCUGGAGGAGCUGCGGCUCAGGAUGGGCGCCUCAGUGUGAACGACUGCAUCCUAUUUGUGAAUGAUGUUGACGUACGGGAGGUGACACACAGCCAGGCUGUGGAAGCCCUUAAGGAAGCAGGUGCUAUAGUCCGGCUCUAUGUUCUCCGCCGGAAGCCAGCAGCGGAGAAAAUCACUGAAAUCAAGCUUAUCAAAGGGCCUAAAGGAUUAGGUUUUAGUAUUGCUGGAGGAGUGGGAAACCAGCACAUUCCAGGAGAUAACAGCAUCUAUGUCACCAAGAUCAUUGAAGGCGGAGCAGCACAUAAAGAUGGACGUCUGCAGAUUGGGGAUAAGAUCUUAGCGGUGAACAACGUGUGUCUGGAAGACGUCAUGCACGAGGAUGCGGUGGGGGCUCUGAAGAACACAGCCGAGGUGGUGUACCUCAGGGUGGCCAAGCCCAACAACCUGUUCCUGACCAACUCCUACAACCCUCCCGACCUCACCAAUACGUAUUCCCACAUGGAUACUGAACUCAGCCACCCCAACUACCUUGGCUCAGAUUACCCGCAAGCCCUCACCCCCACCUCGCCUAGCCGCUUUUCUCCUGUUCUGCACGGCCUGAUGGGAGACGAUGAUAUCCCCAGAGAGCCUCGCAGGGUUCUGAUCCACCGAGGCUCCACCGGUCUGGGAUUCAACAUCGUUGGAGGGGAAGAUGGAGAGGGGAUUUUUAUCUCUUUCAUCCUGGCAGGGGGCCCAGCUGACCUCAGUGGAGAGCUGCACAAGGGCGAUCAGAUCCUCAGUGUAAAUGGUGUGGACUUGCGAAUGGCCACGCACGAGCAGGCGGCAGCAGCAUUAAAGAACGCUGGCCAGACGGUGACCAUCAUCGCUCAGUACAGACCAGACGAGUACAGUCGUUUUGAGGCAAAGAUCCACGACUUGAGGGAGCAGCUGAUGAACAGCAGCAUGGGCUCUGGCACGACCACGCUACGGAGCAACUCAAAGAGAGGCUUCUACAUCAGGGCUCUGUUUGAUUAUGACAAGACGGCAGACUGUGGCUUCCUCAGUCAGGCGGUCGGCUUCAAGUUCGGAGACGUGCUCCACGUGUUGGACUGCGGGGACGAGGAGUGGUGGCAGGCGCGCAAGGUCAGCCCCCAGAACGAGGCUGAAGAGGUUGGCUUCAUCCCUAGCAAACACAGGUUGGAAAGAAAAGAGUGGUCUCGUGUCAACACCAAAGAGAGGGAUCAUGGUCGGGACACUUUGGGAACGCAAGGGAGAGAUAAAACCUCGCACAGUUAUGAGACAGUCACCCAAGUGGAAGUUCACUAUGCGAGGCCCAUCAUCAUUCUGGGUCCUGUGAAGGACAGGAUAAAUGAUGACCUGUUGUCUGAGUUCCCUGAUAAGUUUGGCUCGUGUGUCCCACAUACCACACGACCCAAGCGGGAGUAUGAAGUGGAUGGGCGGGACUACCACUUUGUGUCAUCGAGGGAACAGAUGGAGAAAGACAUCCAGAGCCAUCGCUUCAUCGAAGCUGGCCAGUACAACAGUCAUCUGUACGGUACCAGCGUCCAGAGUGUCCGUGAGGUGGCUGAGCAGCAAGGGAAACAUUGUAUUCUGGACGUGUCGGCCAAUGCUGUACGACGACUACAGGCUGCUCAACUUCAUCCCAUCGCUAUCUUCGUCCGGCCUAAGUCACUGGAGAAUGUUCUAGAGAUUAACACUCGCCUGACAGAGGAGCAGGCCAGGAAAGGAAUGGACAGAGCCCUCAAACUAGAACAAGAUUUCCUCGAGUGUUUCUCAGCUGUUGUAGAAGGGGACAGCUUUGAAGAGGUGUACCACAAAGUAAAGACAGUGAUCGAGGAGCAAUCAGGGCCUUACAUUUGGAUUCCCACCCGGGAAAGGCUGUGAUGCCCUCCCAUCCUCCAUAAACAACCACCAACCGACAUCAUCCUUCACCUCCAAGCCAGCCUCGCCUGCCGGGGCCGUCCUCCAGAAAAGUCAGUGCUUUGCUGAAGAAGACAACAAAAAUACAGAUGUGACACACUGAGAAAGAUACCAGGGAAAAAACUGAGAGUGAGAGACGGGUGCUGAUGUGUAAUUAGACUGCAACAGACUUAAUUAGUUUUCCACUUUCAGGAGGGAGGGCCAAGUGCUGAGGCCAUGUUCACACUUGGCAUUGAAAAGCCAUUUCACCCAAAACAGUUGAUUUAAUGGUGUCAGUAAGAGGACCAGUACCAAACAGCCACUCUAAGGAAGAGCAGAAAUGUGCUUUUUUUCUAGCAAAAAAUGAGCAAAUGAGAAGUCCAAUGAAAGUGAUUAGUCUUGAUAUUCUCAAGAUGCCUUUUGAUGUCAAGUGUGAACUGAUCUGUCUGAGGGAAACGAGACGCGGGUCUGAGCAGAAAUGAAAAGGAAGGACAGGGUGACCCAGCAGGAUGGACCCUGAGGUAGUUUUUAUAUCACCUGUUGGCUUUCUGUCCUCCUAUCAGCUCUGCCUUGUUAUAGUACAGAAAUGGUCUGAACAUGGUGCCCAUAUCCUGCUGAGUCCUCCAUGACCAGGAGUCUUCUCUUGGCCUCUUUUUCUGAGGGAGAACAACCUCAGUGGCGGAUCACCUGUCAAAUACUGCAAGGCAUUAUUAUUUCAAAGCAGUGAAAAUGAUUAUUCAGAGAAGAAGAAACCUAAUAUGCUGAAUUUGUGCAUGCAUCCUCAAAGACAAUGGAAGGACAGGACGCAAAACAAUGAACGCUGUAAGUAAAAAUCCUUUUAAAAGAGGCAAAGUCGAACUGGGGAGAGUUUUAAGCAUGUCUUAUGGUGAAGAAGAGAGAUGCGGUCAUGUGAUGUGGUCACUUGUGAGUAGAGCAGAAACUCUGACAUACAUUUUAGCCUCUUAUGCACACACGCACGUCCACACACACGCGUGCACCGACAAACACACAUAAAUGUAACCUCAGCUGCACACCCCUCUGCAAAGAGGGCUGUUCUGGUCACAAAACCCUGGAUGAAUGUUACCUCUCUGGGCACAAACAGCAGAGCUUGAACGCACCGCAACCGACUCACCCGUCUCUCUUCCGAACCAGUCCCUGAAGCCACAGACAUUCACACUGUUUUCCAGUGGUUGCGCUAAAAGCCAUGGUGUCAUGGUAUAUGUGUGUGUGUGUGCGCGUGCGUGUGUGUGUGUGUGUGUGUGUGUGUGUGUAAACACCUUUGUGUGGAAGGUACAGGUCUUCUUUUACUCUCUCGCUUCCAGUUCUACUCUGCUUUCUCCCUCUUGUGACCACACAGAUUUAAAGCUCAGUCACAAAUAAAUGGUCUAUAUAUAUAAAAAUAUAAAUAUAUACACAUAUAUCUUUUUUAUGACAAUUUCUAACAGGACUAUAGUCUGUAAAAAAAAAAAAAAAUCUCCAAACACGUUGCAUUAGUUCAUUUGGUUGAAUUUGUAGUUUGGUUUGUGGACUUUACUCACACUCCUAUUUUAUUGCGGAAAAUAGCUACACAGAAAUGUUGAUGUAAAGUUGACCUUACUUGUCAUAUGUUGGAAGCCAAUGGGAGCAUAUACGGUGCAGAUGUGCGAGUCUGUGUGCAGGUGCACGUGUGUGAAACGCUGUACGGGGGCGACACAUGCACGUGUGCAUCAAAUAUAAAUGAGCCCAUGUGAGAAUAUCUAUCCUUUAUAACAUCCACAAUCAGUACUAAUGUAUAAUAGAUAAAUGGGUGGUGUGUACGCGUGCCAGAACGAGAGAGAGUGUGAGACAUGCACAUGAAGAUGUAGUGCAAUAUUGCUCUGAUGUUAUGCAAUGAAGGUUUUAUGUGUGUCCAGAAUUCAAAUUAUUUAUUGCACUGACGGCAUUGUGUGCCACGGGGUUAAAAAAAAAGGCUAAAAGCAAAAGGAUUUUAAGGUUUUAUGAGCAUGUGUUUGUGUUUACUUCUUUUUCAUUUUAUUGCUGAAUUCUAAGAGUGGAAGUAUUGAAGUAUUGAUUGAUCGGUCAUAUUUAUUGUUUAUUUGUGCACACUGGCGGAAUUAUUUAUUUAUUUUGGAAUUGUCGCCCAGUCUCAAGUCUGUAUAUUUUUAUAUUAUUUUCCACAUUGAAAGAGUUGUUGAGGUAACUUGCUGUAAAUAUGAUGCCGCGUGGCUUUAGAUUUAGCCAUGGACACUACAGAAUUGAUGCAAAGUAUUCAGUCCAACAGCCCAACAUAGUGACAUCUGCACACACACACAUACACACACACACGCACACAAGGAUUGCAGCAUGCAUCCAGUCACAUCCACAAAUUGAAUAUUAAUGUUUUCAGUUUGUUUAUUUGAGGGUUCCGUGUAUUUCUUAAUAUCUCUCUCAGUCAUCCAUAUCAUAGUGUGAUAUUCCUUAUUUUAAAAAUAAAAGUAUAUUAGUUUUUACAGAAAAGACUAAUUAUAACAAAGUCAAAUGACGCAGAAAAGUAUAUUUAACGAUGACAAUAUCAAGCAAAUUAAAAUGUUCCAGUUCAGUGAAGCGCUUGUUGUAAAUUAGCUAUGAAAUAAUAAAAAUGAAUUUAAAAA